AUGUCUCAGCUAGUGUCAAAUAAGAUAUCAAAUCUCGAGUACAAUGAUAAAGUUUAUCGAACAAUCCCAAUUCUGCAUCACUUCAACAUUCAGAGUAACUUUCCACUCUGUCCUGACAACAUGUGGGUUGUGGGAGCGGUUCUGUUGACCCUGGGGUCCGCGCGGGGCCUGGUGAGGCUGGACCCCCUGGUGGACGCGCCGGCGGGCCUCAUCCGGGGGCUGCGAGCUGAUGAUGGCGAGUACUCCAUGUUCCUGGGGAUACCGUACGCGACGGUACAGGAGGACAACCCUUUUGGGACAUCCAUCCCUCAAGCCAAACUCGAAGGUGUUUUCGACGCGUUCAACGACUCGGCCAUCUGCCCACAAGUGGAGGAGUUCGGGAACACCAUCGUGGGCUCGCUGGACUGCCUGCACCUCAACAUCUACGUGCCCAACAAGGCCACCUCCAGGAACCGGCUGCCGGUGCUGGUGUGGAUCUAUGGGGGAGGCUUCUCCAUAGGAUUCGCUAACAGGUUCCUCUACGGCCCCAAAUACCUGGUGAGGCACGACGUCAUCCUAGUAACCCUCAACUACAGAGUGGGUCCAUACGGGUUCUUCUGCCUCGACACACCAGAAAUACCCGGCAACCAGGGUCUGAAAGACCAGGUAUUAGCGUUGCGCUGGAUCAAAGACAACAUCCAGUCUUUUGGUGGUGAUGUCAACAAAAUCACAGUUAUGGGAGAGAGCGCUGGCGGUGCUUCAGUGGAAUACCAUCUUUUAUCCAAAAACGAGAAGCUGUUCAACCAGGCAAUCAUGCAGAGCGGUACAACAUUCAUACCAGGCCUUCUAGAAGACUCGGGAGUAGACAAAGCCCUAAGCAUUGCUCAGAAGUUGGGAUAUGAUACAGAAGACGUCGCAGAAGCGGUUGAAUUCCUCGCGAAGACUGAUGUCAAAUUGGUGAUAGCAGCGACUAGUGAACUCGGCCUGUCUAGCAGACCGUGCGUUGAAAAGGAAUUUGAGAAUGUAGAUAGUAUGUUGACAGAUUAUCCGAUAAACAUGGAUAUACCGAAGGCCAAAAACAUGCCAAUAUUGGUAGGGUUCAAUAACAAAGAGAGAUUAGCCAGCUACGCAUCGCUGCCGACAGAACAGUAUAACCUUAAGGUUUUCGAGGAAUCCCUCCAAAAGAAGUUCACAUACGACGAAGAUUUCAAGGAAAUGGAGGACAUAGUGCGCAGAUUCUACAUAGGAGACGAAGAAAUAACCGCAGCGGUCAGAGACAACUUGAUAGACUUCGACUCAGACUUCGAUUUCGCGUAUCCAGUCCAAGUUAGCCUGCAGAAGUAUCUGGAGAGUGGCGCUAAGGACAUAUACUACUAUAUGUUUUCGUACAGCGGCGAGAGGAACUUCGUCAAGAAGCGCCUGAACAUCACAAUGAGUGGAGCAGCUCAUGCUGACGAGAUCAGCUACCUGUUCGACAUAUCGUAUGAGAAGGAGGCGCCGUCGGAGGGAGAUCAGCUCGUGAUAGAUCGGAUGACUACUCUGUGGACUAAUUUCGUCAAAUAUGGAGACCCGACCCCGCAGACAUCAGAUCUACUGCCUGUCAAGUGGUCACCGAUCAACGAAGAGACCUACCCGUACCUAGACAUAGACAGCGAGCUGACGCUGGGCGCGCGCCCCUACCACCAGCGGAUGGCUUUCUGGGAGCUCUUCACUGACAUCAAUAAGGAGAGGCUGAAGGGGUACCGACCCAACUAGUCCGGACCAGGUGGUCCUGGUCGGUGGUGCAAGACCAGGGGACGCAGACAUAGUACAUUACACAUGUGAAGGAAUAAAUUGUAAAUUUUCAAUCAAUAAAUUAAAUUGAAGUGUCUAUCUGUGAUUUCAAAACAGCUGUAUUUUCUCAAAUGCUCUAUCACACUAAUAUUUAGACGGCCUCCGUGGCGCAGUGGUAUGCGCAGAGGAUUUACAUGACGGAGGUCCUGGGUUCGAUCCCCGGCAGGACCGAUUGAGGUUUUCUUAAUUGGUCCAGGUCUGACUGGUGGGAGGCUUCGGCCGUGGCUAGUUACCAUCCUACCGACAAAGACGUACCGCCAAGCGAAUUAGCGUUCCGGUACGAUGUCGUGUAGAAACCCAAAGGAGUGUGGAUUUUCAUCCUCCUCCUGACAAGUUAGCUCGCUUCCAUCUUAUAUCACCUGAUGGUAAGGGCUAACUUGUAAAGAAUAAAAAAAUAAAAAAAAAUUAUACAGGCGAAAG